AUGGCCGACGUUCGCUCACUUCUCCGCCAGCAACGCGCUGCGCGACGCAUCGAGCAUCCUCAUGCAGCUUACUCGGAUGCGGGCAAGCUCCUCUGCACCCUCUGCCAUGAGGCUAUCAAGUCCGAAUCGCUCUGGGAAGGCCAUAUCAGAGGACCAAACCACACGGCGAAGCUCAAGGCCACGCGGGAAGCUGUCCCGAAUGCCACGAAUGGUCCGGUAACCGCGGAUUCCGCUCCAUCGAACAAGAGGAAACACGAUUCGGACGAGGAUAUGGCAGACGGCGACGACAUGGCCGACGCCGUGCGGAAGAAGAGGAGCAAGACCAAUAUGAGCACUCCUGCUCGCUUGUCCGCCGGCGAAGCGGACCGAGACCUGAAAGAUGCGACACUCACGCCGCCGUCGCUGACUCGUCGGACCUCGACCACACCGGUCCACGGCGUUGAGAUUCAAAUCCCCUCGCGGCCCGCAACUCCUGCCCAUAAAGAUGGCACGUCUUCGAAUUCCACACCUCUCAAUCAUCCCGUAGGCCCGUCGCCGUUGAUUCCGCGGGAGGCUUCACCCACACUGGCGAGGGCGAAGGCACCUCCACAGCAGAACGGCACUGCGGCGCCCCCCGCGCCUGUCGGGCAGGUAGACGAGGACGAAUGGGCUGCCUUCGAAGCGGAUAUCGCGGCGACUACUGCGCCGUUCUCCGAGGACGCGGUGAUUUCGGCGCCGGCGAUGACGGCAGAAGAGCACGCGGCGGCGGCAAAGACGGAGGAAGAAGAGCAGCAAAAGCGGCGGCUCGCUGCGGAGAAAGACCUCGAGGAUGAGAAAGAAGAGGCAAAGCGUCAUCUGGAGGAAGAGUUCGAGGACAUGGAAGAGCUGGAGGCCAGGGUGCGGAGGCUGAAGGAGAAGCGAGAAGCCUUGAGACAACAGGGUGAUGCCGGUACCAGCGCAGCUGCACCUGCUAAACCUGUCGAGGCGACUGGAAAGGAGAAUGUUGCGGAUGUCAAUGGGGAGGAAGGCGGCGAUGACGACGACGACGACGAGGAUGAGGACGAGGAAGAUGACUUCAUGGGCUUCCGGUAUCGUUCAUGA